AUGGCGCAGAACGGCACAGAAUGGUACAAGGACCUACCCAGAUUAAAGGACUUGGAGUCCGCCAUUAGUAUGCAAGAAGGACUUGGACGAUUCCUCUUACCUCCUACUACAGCGGACCUUAUAGACGAGGCUAGACGCGCUCCCAUUGUGGUAUUUAACGCCACUGAGAUUCGCAACGAUGCCUUGAUCAUUACGGAGUACGACGGCAUAGCAGGCUCUACUAUACGCCGGCGAAUGAGACUUGCGCCACCUAUUAGAGCGAAAUACAAGGAUGCUCAUGACUGCCAUGUCCCGAACGGUGUCUGA